UACCCAGCAAUUAGCAAGUUAUCAACUGAAAAAAGUAUUUUGACUAGGAAUUAUUUGUCACGAAAUUCAGAACAUAUCAGAACCAGAAACCAUAUGCGAAUAUUUCUUCCUUAUACUCAACUCCAUCGUCGUGUCAAUUAUUUCCACACGCCAUAAUAAUUCAGUACCCCUCACAGAACCAGGCCGUCUCAGAUAAUAUCAACAACGCAGGGUAAAUCCGACAAUCAGCUACUGUCUUCUGUCUCUCCCAAACUGGCCAAAACUUUUCUUUUAUUUGGUUCUUGAAAAAUCUCAAACCCGCAAAAAUACUGCCUUCCGUAUUACGGAUUAUUUAAUGAUUAAUGUUAGCUAACCGUCGGCCAUUAUCCCCGUCGGCCGUACAAUUCACCGCCGGUAGUUUACAAGUAUCCCUCUCCGGCCUCAACUGAGGCGCCGAAUUUCGAGAUUAGAUCUUUGUCUCCUGAGUUACAGAAGGCAUGGAAAGGAAAAUAUGGUUAAAGGUGGUUAUUUUAAUAUGCUUAUGUGCAUUCUCAACUGGCAGAGAACUUAAAGUUGAGGUGAAGCACAAAACGCAAUCACCAGUAUACAAUCACACAUUAGCCACUAUAUUGGUGCAAUAUGCUUCUGCAGUAUAUAUGUCAGAUUUAGUGGAACUAUUAACCUGGACUUGUUCAAGAUGUGAUGGUUUAACCAAGGGGUUUCAGAUGACAGAGCUGAUUGUUGACGUCCAGAACUGUCUGCAGGCAUUUGUCGGAGUGGCAGAGGAUCUUAAUGCCAUUGUUGUUGCUUUCAGAGGCACUCAGGAAAACAGCAUACAGAACUGGGUUGAAGACCUAUACUGGAAGCAAUUAGACAUUAACUAUCCUGGAAUGGAUGAUGCAAUGGUGCACCAUGGAUUCUAUUAUGCGUAUCAUAACACUAGUCUUCGGCCUGGUGUUCUGAAUGCGGUUAAAGUGGCAAAAGAGUUACAUGGAGAUUAUCAGAUUAUGGUGACAGGGCAUUCAAUGGGAGGAGCUAUAGCUGCCUUUUGUGGACUGGAUCUUACUGUCAAUUAUGGUGCUGAUAAUGUGCAAGUAAUGACAUUUGGACAACCUAGAAUUGGCAAUACAGCCUUUGCAUCCUACUAUAGCCAGCUUGUGCCAAAUACCAUUCGUGUUACACACGGUCAUGAUAUUGUGCCUCAUUUGCCCCCAUACUAUCAGUACUUUCCUAAAAAGACCUACCACCAUUUACCAAGAGAGGUCUGGCUCUAUAACAUUUGCCUUGAUAGUUUUGUUUAUCCAGUAGAGAAAGUUUGUGAUGGUUCGGGAGAAGACCCAACUUGCAGCAGGUCAGUGUCUGGGAACAGCAUAGCAGAUCACAUGACAUACUUUGGUGUUCAGUUGGGAUGCGAAGAACCGGUUUCAUGCAAAAUCAUCAUUAUGGAUUCCCUUCUUACUUCUUACAUGACACAAGAUCUUAAUGGAAACAUUGUAUUAUCUCGAGGUAUUUCUGCCUCUACGUUAAGGAUGAAUCCAGAGUCCAGUAAACAGAGUGCACCUUUGUGAUGUUUUGUCUUAGCCUUCUUUGGUUGAACAUUUGCGUUCUGAAAAUGUAUGAUAGCAUGUGUAUAUACUUUUUUUCACAAUGUACAUAAUUAGUUAAAUAGUUAGAAUACUUUUUUGCUGCCUUCAUUAGUGAGUCUAACUGUACCAGGAUAAUGUUCUUUGGGCUAUUUUUUAUGUUCAAAUUGCAAAAGAAAAAGCCAACAUUUCAUUAUCAAACCAUGUACCAUAGUUUGUCAA